AUGCUCGCUGGCGCCCUUUUCGCGGUGCUCGGCGCACUCCCUGCCGCCGCCGCCGGCCUCACCGACGACGAUCUGCGCAACAUCCCGUCGCCCGGGGACGACUUCGACAUACACACGGGCAAGCUCCUGGCCCCCAUACUGAUCCCCCGUGUGCCUGGCACCCAAGGCAGCCACAAGACCCAGAAACACUUUGUCGACUUCUUCCAGUCGUCGCUGCCGUCGUGGGAGCUCUCGUGGCAGAACUCGACUUCCAAGACGCCCCUCAGCGACACCAGAGAUGUGCCCUUUUCCAAUUUGAUAUUCCGUCGAGACCCGCCCGACUCGCAUCCCGGCGACGUGUCGCGCCUGACCCUCGUCGCGCACUUCGACUCGCUGAUCAAGCCCGAGGGCUUCGUGGGCGCCAUUGAUUCCGCCGCGCCGUGUGCCAUGCUGAUGCAUGUGGCGAGGAGCAUCGAUGCCGCGCUGACCAAGAAGUGGCAAGACGGCCACGACGGGCUAGAGGAGCGGCAGGGCGUGCAGAUUUUGUUUCUUGAUGGCGAGGAGGCCUUUGUGCAGUGGUCUGAUACCGACUCGCUAUAUGGAGCGAGAUCCCUGGCGCAAGAAUGGGACGAAACCUCCCACCCAACACUGUCGACCUUCCGCACGCCCCUCGAGAGCAUCUCCCUCUUCGUCCUCCUCGACCUCCUCGGCUCGCCCAGCCCCAGCGUCCCCUCGUACUUUCUUCCCACGCACUGGACCUACAGGAACAUGGCGGCUCUCGAGGGCCGCAUGCGCGCCCUCAACCUGCUCGAGUCCACGCCCGCGAAGCCUUUCCUCCCGGACCGGGACAAGCAGGCGGCGGAGUUCGGCCGCAACUACAUCGAGGACGACCACAUCCCCUUUAUGCUGCGCGGUGUGGAUGUGCUGCACCUGAUACCGGGACACUUCCCACCCGUGUGGCACACCCUGGACGACGACGGCGAGCACUUGGACCUGGCAACGACGAGGGACUGGGCGAGGAUAGUCACGGCGUUUGUGGUGGAGUUUAUGGAGCUCGGUGGGCUGUCGAAUACGACGGCCGCGAGGACCGCGCUGGAGGGGAGUGCUACGCAGAAUGUGCUCGGCAAAAGGACUGAGCUGUGA